CGCGGUUCCGUGCGGGGCAGCCGGCAAAAGCCCCGCGCCGCGCCGCGCCCCGCGCACACCGCCCCGCUCCCGCAGCGCCGCCGCUGCUCCGAGCCCCCUGCCCUGCCCGGCUCGGCUCGGCACGGCACGGCUCCACGCCGAGCCACGGCACGGCACCGCCUCGCCGGGCUCCUCCCGAGGCGUGAGGCGGGCGAUGCCUCUCGCCGCCGGGCGCCUGGUUCCCGGGGCGCGGCGGCGCUCGGCGGCUGCCCCUGCUGCAGCCCCUCCAGCCCCUGCAGCCCCUACAUCCCCUGCAGCCCCCUCGGGCGCCCUGAGAGCAGGUUUGACUGUAGGUACUGAAGCGGGGAUCGACGGCGCAUAAAGAUGCUGAAGGGUGUUUGGUUGCUCAGUUUGUUAACAGUGGCUGGGAUCUCGCACACAGAGAGUCGCAAACCUGCCAAAGACAUUUGCAGCAAGAGCCGCUGCCCUUGCGAGGAGAAGGAGAACGUGCUAAAUAUUAAUUGUGAAAACAAAGGAUUUACAACCGUCAGCCUCCUGCUGCCGCCACCGUCCAAGAUCUACCAGCUCUUCCUGAACGGGAACGCGCUGACCCGCCUGUUCCCCAAUGAGUUUGUCAACUACUCCAACGCCGUGACCCUGCACUUGGGCAACAACGACAUGCAGGAGAUCCGCACGGGGGCCUUCAGCGGGCUCCGCACCCUCAAGAGGCUGCACCUCAAUAACAACAAGCUGGAAGUGCUGAAGGAGGACACGUUCCUGGGCUUGGAGAGCCUGGAGUACCUGCAAGCCGACUACAACUACAUCAGUGCCAUCGAAGCGGGGGCCUUCAGCAAGCUGAACAAGCUCAAAGUGUUGAUUCUCAAUGACAACCUCCUGCUGUCCUUGCCCAGCAAUGUCUUCCGCUUUGUGCUCCUCACCCACCUGGACCUGCGGGGCAACCGGCUGAAGAUGAUGCCUUUUGCUGGUGUGCUGGAGCACAUUGGAGGCAUCAUGGAGAUCCAACUUGAAGAAAACCCUUGGAACUGCACCUGCGACUUGCUGCCACUCAAGGCCUGGCUAGACACCAUCACCGUCUUCGUGGGUGAGAUAGUCUGCGAAACACCUUUCAGGCUGCACGGGAAAGAUGUGACCCAGCUCACCAGGCAAGAUCUCUGCCCUAGGAAAAGCUCCAGUGAUUCAAACCAGAAGGAAAAACACCCUGUCCUCUCAGACCCACAUAUCUCAAGGUUACUGCCCACAGCUAACUCUGCCAUCAAUCCCACCAGAGCCCCAAAAGCCAGCCGCCCCCCAAAAACCAGGAACCGCCCUACACCCCGUGUCACUGUGUCUAAAGACAGACAAAUAUUUGGACCUAUCAUGGUUUACCAGACAAAGUCUCCUGUGCCCAUCACCUGCCCAGCCGGCUGCAUCUGUACGUCACAGAGCUCAGACAAUGGACUAAAUGUGAACUGCCAAGAGAAAAAGAUAAGUAACAUCUCUGAUCUCCACCCUAAGCCAACCAGUCCAAAGAAACUUUACCUUACCAGUAACUAUCUACAAGUCAUUUACAGAACCGAUCUUGUAGAGUACAGCUCUCUGGAUUUGUUACAUCUAGGAAACAACAGAAUUGCAGUGAUACAAGAAGGUGCCUUUACAAACCUCACAAGUUUACGUAGACUUUAUCUUAAUGGCAACUACCUUGAGAUUCUGUACCCUUCUAUGUUUGAAGGGCUGCAGAGCCUGCAGUAUCUCUACCUAGAGUACAAUGUCAUUAAGGAGAUCCUGCCACAUACCUUUGAUGCUCUGAGUAAUCUUCAUCUGUUAUUCCUCAACAACAACCUGCUCAGAUCCUUGCCCGACAAUGUCUUUGGCGGCACUUCCCUCACCAGACUCAACCUCAGAAACAACCAUUUCUCGCACCUGCCGGUGAGAGGAGUCCUAGAUCAGCUCUCGGCUCUAAUUCAGAUCGACCUCCAGGAGAACCCGUGGGACUGCACGUGUGACAUUCUGGGGCUGAGGAACUGGAUAGAGCAAGUCACUGACCAGAACAACCACCAGUCAAAUGCCCCCGUUGUUAUCAACGAAGUCAUCUGCGAGUCUCCCACCAAGCAUUCUGGAGAGCAUCUGAAAUUCCUGAGCAAAGAAGCCAUCUGUCCAGAGAACCCCAACUUGUCAGACUCUUCUCUCCUGUCCAUGAAUCAGAACACAGAUACCCCCCAGCUCCUCGGUGUCUCACCCAGCUCCUAUCCGGAAAUACACACUGAAGUUCCACUGUCUGUCUUAAUUUUAGGCUUGUUGGUUGUGUUCAUUUUGUCAGUCUGUUUUGGGGCAGGCCUGUUUGUCUUUGUCCUUAAGCGCCGGAAGGGGGUGCAAAGCAUGCCCAGUAGCGCCAACAACUUAGAUAUAAGUUCAUUUCAGCUCCAGUACGGGUCCUACAACUCUGAGACCCAUGACAAAACUGAAGGACAUGUAUAUAACUACAUUCCCCCUCCCGUUGGACAGAUGUGCCAAAACCCGAUCUACAUGCAAAAGGAAGGGGAUCCAGUUGCCUAUUACAGGAAUCUCCAUGAGUUUAGCUAUAGCAACCUUGACCACAAAAAGGAAGAUCCCACCAGUCUUGCAUUUACAAUCAGUGCAGCUGAGUUACUGGAAAAGCAGUCCUCACCUCGGGAGCCAGAGCUGCUGUAUCAAAAUAUUGCAGAAAGGGUCAAGGAACUCCCCACCGGAGGAUUAGUUCAUUAUAACUUUUGCACCUUACCCAAAAGGCAGUUUGCCCCUUCGUAUGAAUCCAGACGCCAAAACCAGGACAGGAUAAAUAAAACUGUUUUAUAUGGAACUCCCAGGAAAUAUUUUGCAGAACAAUCUAAACCUGAGCAUCCUUUACUCCAAGGAAAGCUACAAACAGAACCAGACUACCUCGAAGUUCUGGAAAAACAAACUGCAAUCAGUCAGCUGUAAGGGGGGAGGUGGGAGGCAAAGGAAAAUUUUUAAAUGAGCUCAGCAUCAAAUUUGAUUGAUUCUGAGCUCAGUGCUGAUGUCAUCUGUCGCAUUCCCAACGUUUUCACUUUUUAAAUUAGAGAGGGAGUAAGAGAGAGAAAUGGAACCCUUACAGCACAGCAGGGAUAUGGUGUUGCUUUUGCAACGCUCCCUUUAAGUUAUUUCUAUCUCUCUCUCCUUUUGAACCUUCUGUAGGAACUGCCACUGCAAAUGUAUGUUUCUGUAAUAAAUCUUGCGUAAUUCUUUUUCAUUUGGAAGGAAAUGAGGAAGGGGGUCUUUGGGUUUUUCUGUUGUUUUUUUCUUUUCAUUUCAAAGUGGAAAUAAUGUAUUCUGUAGAAGAUCUCCAAAGAUCUUUUUUUUUUUUUCCUGGACUAUGACUUUCUUUUGUAAAUAAUAAUAUACAGUACUGCUGUUUCAAUUACCAAGUAUAGCCACUGGGCGUCACUUUUUUGUGUUAAAGUGCCUUUGCACUUUAAGUACAUUAUUACUUAAUUGUUGCUCUUAGCUUUGAUAAAUUGAACCUAUUUUAAUGUGUUGUAUUUUUGAAAUU